UACUGAGACUCCUCCUACAGUACUGGGCUAUACACUAGACUACUCCACCAACUCCAUUAAGUAUGAGUUUCUUCAAGGCCUUCCGAUCCAAUAAAACUAACAGUAAUACCAAUUACAGUCCACUAAGUCAAUCCGAUGGUUCUUCCUUACCACCACCAGCAACUCAACCUGCCAAUUCACAGACCAAUUCAUCAUUCUCAGCACGACUUAAAAGACUAAACCCAUUUAAAACAGAUUCUAUUUAUCUUGAAGAUGAUUCAAAUUAUGUUACGUCGGAACCAGGAUAUUUCGAAUUAUCUAAAUGGGAUAGAAUGUUAAUAUUUGCUCUUACAUUUGCUGGUUCAGUAUGUUGUUAUAUGAUUUGUAUAUUUUUAUUCCCAGUACUUAGUCUUAAACCCCGAAAAUUUGCUAUAUUAUGGUCGUUAGGGUCAAUAUUCUUUCUUAUAAGUUUUGGAGUUUUACAGGGUUUUAAAGCUUAUAUGGAACAUUUAUUUCUGUCUACUAGAUUAAUAUUUACUGUAACAUUUGUUACUAGUAUUAUAUUAACUUUAGUUAGUAGUUUAACAUUAAGGAGUACUUUAUUAUCGAUUAUAUUUGCAGCUAUACAAUUACUUAGUGUCAUUUGGUAUACGGUAAGUUAUUUCCCUAUGGGAACUCAAACAUUAAAUCUUGCUGGAACAGUAGCUAGAAGUCAAGUUGAAUCAUGGAUUAAUACUUAAAGGAGAAGUAAUAGUAGUAAUUAUGCA